ACGUUUUCCUUGCUCGUUAUUCUAUGGCUCGUUGGAUGCGAUGUGAAUGCGUGAGUUCUGUGUGCGUGAGCUGUAAGAUAAGAAAAUGGGAAUCGGUAAAGUAGGAUGAAUAGUUGGAGAAGCUGGCGCACGUGUUAUCCCGGGAGAGAGCGUGCAUGAGAGGACUACUGCAGUGACGUGCACGGCGACCACCAUGGGUAUCCAGGACCUGCAGGCGUACCUGGACGGCAGUGCAGAAGGCUGCUCCCAGCAGGUGGACCUCCUCCGCAUCGCCCGCACCAUCGCCCAGAAGCAGCAGCGGCGCUCUGCCAAGAUAUCCCGCCCCACCCAGGGCUUCCUCAGACUGGUGGUCGACGGCGAGUGUUGCUUGGACAGGCUCUACGGCGGCUACUUCUCAGACUGGACAUGCGGCGGCCAGUGGAACAGGAUGGUACAGUUCCUCUCCGUGCUGGUGCAGACGGUUCAGUCCAGCCACAUCGACUUGGCAAUCUUCUUCAACGGCUGCUUGGAGCAGCAGCGGAUGGGAGAGUGGGUGGUGAGCCAGCAGCGGGCGCGGCAGAGGGUUAAUCAGAUAUUGAAACACAUAAACACCAAAGGAACACCGCCGCCGAAGGUGUGGUGGAUAUCUCCCGUCUGCUUGAGGACAUGUCUUCGAAUGGCUCUCAGGCAUCUUGGAAUAAGUGUGCUUUGCACCAUGGACGAUCACCACCAGGAAGUUAUUGGGUACUGCCGGGAAUACAAUUUCCAUGGGCUAGUGGCGGACGAUGGCGAAUAUGCUGUUUUUGAUCCACCAAGAUAUUUCUCAUCGGAGCAGUUAAAACUCACUUACAAGGGUUCUUUGGAGACGAAGGAGUACAAUCUCAAUGAAAUGGUGAAAGCAUUAAAUCUUAGUCCAGACAGGUUUUUUGUAUUUGCUGCUCUGUUGGGGAACUACCUUUUGACAGAACAGGACUUGGCCGAUUUCUACCGGAAGAUCAACAUUCUGCAGGGAUUCACAAGGGUUCCUUCAGAAAACUUUGUCAAAACCAUUGCCAAUUUUGUAAAGAACUUGCAAUCCGUGGAUAAUCUGGACAACGUGGCUAUCCAAGUGUUUGGUCAAGCAACAGACAAACGAACUGCCAAACUGAAGCAGAGUGUUCAGUAUUACAUGAACGGAACCAAAGAUGGGUUUCUCCGGUACAGGCUGCAAGCAUCAGGUGGGAAACGUCGUCAUGGCGACGGCCAUCCUCCGGCACAGACUGUGAAGCCAGCUGUCAACAGUAACAAAGAGAAAGAAAACAGUGAAGAGCUAGAUACAUCCAAAUUUGCAUCUGAAACCAAGGAGGUUGAGCGAGACAGCUUGGCUCUGUACAAGGAAGCAACUGCCCAUGCUGCUGCCGCCGCCCCACAGAUUGUGAUUGACCCGCCUACUGGCAAGUCGGCCAGCAGUACUGCUGACACGGCAAACACCAAAAAAGACUGCAACUCUGUUGAUAACAAGACUUCCCCAACUGUAAACGGAUCCAACCACGUGUCAAAUCUGCUGAUCAGUUCGUCGAGCUCUAGCAGUAGCUCUAGUGCGACCUCUCCGAGCCGCCUCGCACCAGACGCUUCCUGGGGCAAGGGUUCAAAAAAUGCUGAGGAUGCAGCACAGGCUUCGAAACACUGUUUACCGAGCGUCUCCCCAGAGGUGAUGCGCACAGCCAGUGAACGUCACCAGAAGGGUUUGAUGUCUCCCUACAUCUAUCAGAUCCUCACUCAGGGUGAAAUAAAGUUGCCAGUGCUGAUGGAAGAUGAGAUUCACAGAGAAAUUCCCAGUGUUCAUCUUGUGUAUCGUCCAGUACGACAGAUGGUUUAUGCUAUCCUGUUCAAUCUGCAUCAUUAUGUCUACAUGGCAACCAAGGGUAAAGAAAAAGAAAAGGAAAGAGAUAAGGAUAGAUCUAAAAAUGAUCACGAGAAGAACGAGAUACCAGAUCUAAAAGUGAAAGAAUGGAUUUGGUCCAAGAGUAACCCUUACCAGUCCCCUGAUUUGGUGAAGGCUGAGCAGAUUGGAUGGGGUGUGCCAACCAUACAGCGCCUCUGGUUUGGAGGUUCCAUAGAUGACAAGCGCAGACGUCUUCGAGCAUUCCUUACCUGCAUGCGUUCAGACACACCACUUAUGCUCAACCCAGCAUAUGUACCACAGCAUCUUCUUGUCAUGGCUACAGUGUUGAGAUACAUCAUGUCUUUGAGUAAGCCGGUUCUCCGCAAGCCAGAACUGGAUGCCUUCAUUGUCCAAGCAUUUUCCCCUGAAUUGAUGAAUGCCCAGUACCUUCAAGAAUUGCAGGUGCAGGUGAUCAACAGCCGCGGCGUGCAGCUGGCAGCCUUGUUCAUGGCCGGGGUGGAGACGGCCCUGCUGGCCAACGACGCGUGCGGGGCCCCCGUGCCGUGGCUCAUGUGCUGUCCCUGGCUGUUCUUCGACGGCAAGCUGUUCCACCACAAGCUAGAGCGCACCUCCCAGGUGAAGAACCUGCUGGAGCUGUGCGACCACCGCAUAGAGCACGUCGUCAAGGUGGAGCGCAUGCGCAAGGCCGUGCUGGAGGGACUGGACGUGCAGUUCGCCCGGCCCCCGCUCCCGCCGCUAGCUUCCGGUCCUCCGAUGAGGGGGCUGGGAGUCCCUCCACCAGCCAGCAUCAUCAGUCCGCCCGGCCACAUGCACCCGCAGCAGCGAGCGCUCUUGUCCUACCCCACCACCAACGGAGUGUCCAGGGGCCUGUUGCGUCGCCCCGUGCCGGCCAGGGGCGGGCAGCUGGAGAUCGCAGGCGUCGUCGUGGGCAGCUGGGGCCCCAACUACGGUAGCAGGAUGGCCGGCGUCCGGUUGGGACCACAGCUCACUCAGCUGUUUCUUGACACACGAAACUCAGUUACUUCUGUUGGUGGCGGUGUAAAAAGUUACCGGCAAAGUGGCAUUCCUAUCCAAGGACUAAAUAGCCCUGGCCGCCCAUCCUAUCAGACCCGAGCUGGAAAGGGUGUUGGCAGAGGCAAAAAGAAUCAGAAUCAAAACAAGAAGAAAAAUGCAGCUGGGAGCAAAAAAAUCAUUCAACGUGAACCCAUCGAAAAGGGAAAGGGAAGAGGUCUAACCAUUGAAGGUGAAGAUUCUGUCAGCACCUUGACGGUGGCGGAGAUCCUGGGCCAGAGCGAGGGGGGCUGCGGGGAGGAGCAGGCCCCCAAGAAGCCGCCCGCCUCCUCCCCAGACCAGUUCGAGGACGCCCUGGCGACGGUGCCCCCCGCCGAGACUUCCCCCGCGGCCGUGCCGGUGCUGCUGGCCGGCAAGUAGGCGUAGCCCACGCCGCCUAGUUUAUAACUCAUCUGAAAUCAUCUUUGUGAGAGUAUUUCAUUUUUUUUUUAGCAUUUUUCCCUUCCCUUUUUUUAGUUUAUAACUUAUGACAGGUGUUGUGCAAGACAUGUCAGUAAGGAUUUUUUUGUUUGUCGUCGUUCAGUAUUGCUUACACUGGCGAAGCAUGACGUACGCAUUGGUGCUGUGGCAACCUGUAAUGUGAAGUGCUGUGCUACAAUUUUCCCUGCAAAGUUAUGUCUGCAGCAAGAGACUGUGUGUGUGUGACGAGCUGCGAAGAAAGCUACGAUAGCAUUUUAAUAUGAAGUGGAUUGAUUUUUUUAUUGCAGUAGACAGAUAUUUGCAGCUAGAGUCUGAUAAUACAUUUCGAAGAUAAAGACCGUUGUUACGUACAAAAUGAUUCUAUUUAUGAAAGACUUCAACACUUGAGUAGAAGAAACUAUGAAGAAAACUAUUUUUCUAUGUUUGUUACGUUGUUACGAAGAUUACAUAGUAUUUACUAUGAAGUAACUUAUUAAAAAUGUGAGAUAAAUUCCAAGUAAUUGGAGCAAUAGGGUUGACAGGGUUAUUAUGCACAGUAACAAGCAACAAAGUUAAUUUAACAUUUAUUGUUUUAACCCAAUUAGGGAUUAAAGGAUUUUUUUCCUUUCAGCAUUUUUCUAUUAUCUUUAUACUUGACUUUGACGUCUCAAUUUUUUAAGUGUUGGAACUGUAGUCUUAUUCAUUAUGAAAUUUAGAGAAGCUUUUUAUAACUGUGCAUAAUAAUCUUGUGGGAUUUGUUUUUGAUAGACUACGGAUAUGGUUUGGGUGCUGAAUUUUGUGUCUUUGGUACAGCAAAGAAUGUGGAAAUAUUUCUCGUACCGUUUUUUAAUCAGUUUUGGAUUUGUGACUAAAUGUUUUGCUUGAAAACAGGCUUGUCACAAUACGUGGAUCACGUGUUGUGCUAUUUCAUAUUUAAAUGACCAGAAAACUUUAAGCAGCGAGAUAAUUUUUGCUGCAUGAAGUAGUAAGUUAUUGAACAUUUGAAGACUGAUCAUAUAAAAUCUCAAUAAGUUUUGUGCAUUUUUAAUGAGAAACCAGACAUUUUUUAAUGUUCUCUCUGAAAAUAGACUCUUAAGCACAUAUAAACUUUGGAAUAUCUAGUUAAGCCAAUUGAGGAAAUAGCAUUCAUUAUUCACACCUCCAUAACCUCAUUUGAGCCAUUCGUCAGUUUUUCCAGCCAACUACUGAGGCAUGUUCGUGUUGGACGUGAAUUUUAGUAGUAAUUUCAAACCCGGCAAAUUGUCUUAUGGGCAGGUGAUCCAUUAGAUUUCACAAUAUUAGUCAUAUUUACUUACAAAGAGAUGAUGCAGAACUAUGUUGAGGUGUAAUUCAUUUAUUCUUCGAUAAGUCUGACUCAUUACACAUCUUUACCUUGAAUAUGGAAAACACGUUAACACUACCAGUAAGCAGUUUUCCUGACCGAUCAAUGUUACAAUUGCCACAAUAAUGGAAAGGCAUUAAAUGUAUAUUUAAAAAAAGUGUGUUAAAAAUUGAAAUACACUAAGGAAUAUAAAAAAACUGAAUUUGUCAUUUGAAGCAAAAAAAUUUCAUGGCUGAAAGAGCUUUCUCAUAAGUAUUCUUUCUUGAAUUUCAAUUACAUUUCCAUGCACAGUGGAGAAUAGUGCAUUGAAGUGCAGUUUAUCCUGUACUACACUGAGUGAAGUGCGCCAAUGCAAGGCCGCACUCUUUCAAGCGAACAUCGUGAAAACCUAUUGAGCACUAAAAUUUAUGUAGAGAAUUUUCUUAAAAAUUCUCUUGCGUAUGCAUUGAUGAAAUGCUGUAUGUGUGUUUUAUCACAUUCAUGCAAACCAGAGAAAUCUUUGAGAUAAAUAUUUUUUCUUGUGAGGGGCCCACUACUAAUGUAAUAUUUUGGUAAAUAGUUCAUGACAGCUGUAUCGUAUUAAAUAAGACAUAACAGUUUUUCUGCACUUAGGUUUAAGGGAAGCGAAUAUAUACUUUUUUUUUUCUCAUAUGGUUGAGCUCAUGAUAAAAACUAUGAGAAUUUCUUCCUAAUAAGUUCAGGGAAGAGUAAGAUUUAAUGAAAAUUUUUAUGCAAACUUAUUGUUUUGCUAUUUAAGGUUGUUUUGAUGCUGUUAAUUACAGUAAAACUUUUUCUAUUGUAACAAUUAAUAGUAGUUUGGCAAUUUUAUUAAUAAAAAUGUAAUUUAUUGCUAUUCAUAUGUAACAGCAGUUAAACAUUGUAAUUUUUAAAUGGUUUCUUUGCACCUAGGUGUUAAGUAUAAAUGUAAACUUUAUGGCUUUUUGUAGUGUUGAGUAUGAAUUAGAUUGUGUAUGUCCAGAAAAUGGAGUUGUGAUUAUAGAAAAGUUGAUAACCUUUAAUAUUUACAUCUUUAUUUUGCCAAGAGUAUUUGUGCUUCUUAAAAUGUACAACAGCAUUUACUUUCUCAAACAUUGUCACUGCUUAUUAUAUUCAGACGUGCCGUUCCUUAGAAUUAUCGCAACAGCCAAUUAAGAUCCGUGAAUUUUCAUUUGUGGCGUUAUGACUGCCCAGUGAUAAGGUGUAAUAUAACUAAGAAAGAAAUGUUAAUUUUUCAGUGUUUUAUUGUGUUUUUUUCAAGUAAAUAAAUUAAAGUGUAAAAAUUCAACUAUUCUGUAGCUUUUAAUUUUUAAUGUGAACAAUACCAUAUUCAUUAUAUAUUCAUAUGUAAUCCUUCACAUUUAUAAAUAUCUAAGUGCUUAUAGAAAGUGGAGUGGAGUUCGAUGAAACGAUUUGCUUGUCGUAAAGUAAAUUUAUUGGAUGGGAGUCUUUAAAUUUCACUUUGUUUUUGGGCAAUGUGUUUAGUUCUUACAUCUCUUGUUUGUAUAUAAUGGCAUGGAAUGUUUUUUUACUAAUGUUUAUGUUUUUAGUUUUUUUCUGAAUUUAUAUCUUUGUUUUUCUGACUUUAUUUGUUUGGCAAGUGAUUUUAGGUGAUAAGCUUAUUUAUAUUUGACAUUGCAUUGAAUGCUGUGUUUUGAUUUUGUAUUUUAGAAGUUAUUCAGAUAGAACCACGCUACAUAAUUGAUUAGAAUGUGUAUACAAAUGCAGAAAUGGAUCAUUAUGUUAGUUAAAUAAUAAUGCUGUGUAUCCGUAAAAUAAACCUAGUUACUACAUAUUGAUAUCAACAUGUCAGACUGUAUUUGUUGCUUUGUAAUGAAAUUGAUAACAAAAUUGUUUUUGUGUUUGUCACAGUUAAUGGAAUGAAUCGUGAAUGAAUGUCACGAUUUUUCUGUGUCAUGGAUGAUUUUUACUAUAAUGUAAGCUGCACAGUAUGCUAGUUCUGUAACUAUGUAUAAGAAUUUAUGUAUAAAAAAUUAGUAACACUGAAACUUUUGAAGGUAAUGUUUGUGGGCCCCUAAAAUUUUUUCCCCUAGUUUUCCUGAGCUUUGCAUCAUGGAAAACAUUUUGGUGGUGUGCACUUACCCACCAUUUUAAAAGGUAUUCAUAGUUUUUGUUGUGUUUCUGGAAGAAUUCAAAUGUUAUAUUUAGCAAUUUCAGUAACAUGUAAUGAUAAGAAUAUUAAGUAAGUAUGUAUUUUAAGAAAAUAUUUCUAAAAGCAUAUGGAGAAAUAAUUUUUGUGAAUAACUAAAUUGGAACAUGAAACUUUUUCAGGUUUCCUUGUGUGAAAAAUUUAAUUGUAUUGCAUGCCUGGUUAUGUCAUUCUUUUGUUUUGAAUAAACGUGUGGCAAUUGAUAGAAUAAAUAAACUACUUGAUAUACAUGUCAAAUUUUUGAAAUUUCAUAAUUUAAAUCUCCAUUUGCUUUUUUAUUAACAUUAAAAGCAGUGUAUAACUUUCUCUGUAACUUGAUGGAACAUAAUAUAUUGGUAUUCCAAGUUUAUGUCUUAUAAGGUUUAAAAAUCAAUAAAAUUACAAUGGAGGUUUCUUGAAUUUGAUUGUAGAAUUAGCUAUGUGAACUGGCAUAAACUUUGGUCGUGGAAGAAUUGUUUGGAAUAAAGUAGUCAUUGAAAUCUCAAA